GCGCAUUUUUGCUCCCUUCUUCCGCGUCCCUCAGGGCUGUGAAUUCCUUAUCCGUUCCCAACGAAAGGCAUGUAUCGGCGCGCGUCCUCUCUCUCUGCACUUGUCUUUGUUGAAAUUGUUUCCACUAAGCGGUGAGGGAAUUUCAGAAAUCUUUGUACCCAGUAGGGAUUGUCAGCAGCAAUGUCGCAACCAACUUCCCCUACCGUCUCCCCCGGCACACCACUCAACUGUGGCGCUUCGGAGCGUCAGUUGGAAGUUGAAUCCAGCCCCAUGGAAGGCCGUGUUUACACCGACAACGAGAUUCACAGCGAUGGCGGCCACAGCGUCGAGUGCCCGCCUCCGGGAUCCCCAAUUCCGCAGACGACCACGUUCACUUCGCAGGCUGCUCCUGCUCUCCAGCCUCGAAUGAUGUACCCGUCCACAGAUGCCCUGACUAUUCCCGCUGGCCACCAGCAGAUGAUGUACUUCAAUCCCGCUGCCGCCGGCUACACCGACGGGAGCCACGGCUACGAUCCCCGUGAAGGCUAUCCUGUUGUGUACCCCUAUGUCCCCAUGACUCUCCCAAUUGAGACCAAGAAAAAACGCGGAUUCUGCUGCUAAAAUGUUUUGAACCUGGACUCUCUCGGGCUUUUCUUACCAGUAAGAGAAGCGGGGAGAACCAGAAGGAGGCCACAGAACUUGGGGAUAUGUGUGUAGCGCUGGGAUUCGGGGUGCGCCUUCGGUUUAAGACCCUACAAUUAAGAAAACUGUUACGAAGCGUAGGAAUAGGAGAGUGUUGUUUUUCCUUACCGGGCAAGGAAAUGCCAGGGAUUUGGGAGAAACGACGAUUGUGGUGACACGGUGAACCUUUUGUUCAAUGUACGUAAUGCAACAUAAUGCGGCUUAUAGACGCGUGUGUGUUGUUUUUCGGUGAAUCUCAUCGUUUUCUUGAAGGGAAGAUUGGUCGCCCAACGGACGCUUUACAGAAACCGGUCAACUCUGAUGAGAGUCUCCCGUAGAACAUCAACUCCAGUGCGCGAGUUUUUCUUGUUGGACCCACAAACUUGGGCUCCAUCGGUGAACACGCGGAGUUCCAAUUGAGAAGCUUCACCAGAAAUCACGCAUCAUACGUAAGUCUGCUCGUGACCUUUUGCGGAUACAUGUGUAAGCACGAGCGAAACAACGAGGUCUCAAUGCGAAAGACGAGAUCCAUGACAUUCGUGAUACCCGAAGCUAUCUGUAGAAGGGGGCUAGAGCGAAACAGAUAAACACAUUGUCACAGAACAGCAGACUAAAUUGUUAGGAGAGCCCACAGUUGACUCGACAACCAGUGAAGGGCAUAUAAUGUAGUAAUGUUUCCACGAAGUUCUGCAGUGCCAUUCAAGAUCCUCCACAUUGCAAACGGUCGACAUGCCAUGUAGCGACAGUACACAAUAAACGUGCAUAAGAGCAGGCUUUUUUCGUCCCUGAUCUGGACAAACACAGGACUGCGUGUUCAAGGGCAUGUACGGUGCUUUUAACACGUCGCACGAAUAACGCGACCUUCGGAAAACGGGUGUUUUUGAGUCUAGUGACCCGACACCGACGUGCACAGUAUAUAACACCUUUCAUAAUGAGCAGUAGAAAUCACUUCCGAGAGGAAUAUACUGUGGCGCAUGAAUCGUCCGCCCGCGCUAUCAGAUACCGUCUCGAGCGCAGCAGCAAAGAGAAUCGGCUCGACAGUGUCCAAGCUUCGUCGAAACAUAAAACUGGUGCACAAGUUACAUCGGUGCAGCAUAUUUCUCUUAUUGAUAUUUGAAAUCAUAACGGUAUUUGUCUAACACCUGCCGCGUACGAAUCCUCGUACAGUGAUCUAAAACUCCGGCUGACCACAUCAGCUUAUCCACGAACCGCUGGCCUUUUUCAUGUUUGGUCUGUACGGAAGUAAAGUCUCGGUAUCUCGUUUGUACAGGCCACUGUUAAGUGACAGAAUGUCAAUGCGAUGUAGAUAUCAACUGCCACACGGAUAGGCCGACGAGCCACCCAUCACUGUGCUAUCCACGAACUUCAGAAAACGGAAUGUCGACCGCGUACCAACGACAGAGUUCCUUGUUACGGCCAAAACAAAACACGACCAACUGUUGGUUGCAAGAGAAAAACAAUAAAUGUCCUUUCGUGCCGCGUUCCGACAGAUUAUGCAAGAUCAGCCGGUUAAACAGCCGUGAUAUACAUCCCCAGUUCUGUUAUCGUGAGUUGAUGCAGAACUGCCUUGUCCGCUAAGGAAAGGGGAGCCAUUCCAAUCCAUUGAAGUCAAACUGCUGAGCAGAAGGCAACAGAAACGUAUGUAUUCUCAAGCACGUAUGAGCUCUGACCGGGGUCGAUUUGCCGCCGCGUGCUACGCUAGGUUCUCGGUGAAGUGGUGGCUUUUGCCGCGGAUUUUUUUUGGCAGCUCACAGCAUGCUCUAUGUUCUCCAGUGAAAAAUAUGAGCUUUCACUACCAUGUUUACGGAAAAAAAUUACCUUACAUCCCUUGCAUGCUUGCUCCUUUUUUUCGACGCACUGGGAAAAAUCUGCAGGACAGCUUCUUAGAGACAGCCGCUCACUAGUCGCUUCUUGGCCCUCACCCGCCUAUGGAAUCCAAUAUUCUUGCUAAACCGAUGAAGCUGCACAUGUUUUUUACUGAACGGCUGAAGCAGAUAUCUUCUACCAACAAAACUGCGGCAACAAAAAUCGAAAACUGGAAACCAGUUUGCCGGGUUGCACGGGGUCUGCUUAGCCCGGGGCGACCGGACUCUUCAGAGCAGCGGCCUCACGUGUGAAUAAGUC